CUCCCACGUAUUCCCGUCUUCUUUCCUCGUCCUCUUCCUCAUCGCUCUCCCUCCAUUCACCAUGUUGCGACACACUCUCAUCCGCACAACCAAGGCUGUCUGCGCCGCCGCCCUCAAUACCUCUCUCAAGACUAACGCCCCACUUUGCACCACAGCCUACGCUUUUAAGAACACGGCGACUAAGGCAUUGUCCUCUAGAGCCAUUCACACCACUGUCUCCGCUCGAUUCGCCGCCCCCUCACCUCAACAGGACGCUCUUCCGACCGUCCAGAUCCUCCAAGGCUCUUCCGGCGACAUCACCAUCGCCCCUCCACAAGGAUCGGCCUUCCACCGCUCUCACCAACCGACCACAACUCUCAACACUCUCUGGCUCCGCGAUAAUUGCCCCUGCCCUGAAUGCAUCCACCCCUCAACCCGUCAAAAACUCCACGCCUCGUCUCAGAUUCCCCUCGAUAUUAAAGUCGCGUCUCAUAGGGUGUUACCCGAGGGCCUGGAAUUGAGCUGGUCCAAGGGUCUGGAAGAUGUCGGGGACUGGGAGGAUCCCGCGAAGGCCCAACCGGGUCACAAGAGUCUUUACCCCUGGGAAAUGAUCUUAGGGUCCUAUGGUGGCUCGGCUUCAGAACAUCGAGCGGAGACACGGAUGAAUCAUAAGCCGGUCCUUUGGGAUGAGGCGAUCAUGAAGGAAAAGGUGCUCUGGUUGGAUUACGAAGAGUAUAUGAAGACGGAGGAGGGACUGUGGAAGGCGCUGAGGCAUCUGCAGGAUUAUGGGUUGUUCUUCUUGAAGGGUGUGCCAACAGAGGACCAGGAAGUCGCGACGGCGGCGGAGAGGAUCGGACAUUUGAGGCAUACGUUUUAUGGCAAAACCUGGGAUGUGAAGAGCGUGCCGAAUGCCAAGAAUGUGGCCUAUACAAAUCUCAACCUUGGCUUGCACAUGGAUCUCCUGUACAUGGAGGCCCCGCCAGGUCUGCAAUUGCUUCACAGUCUUGAGAACAGCGUUCCGGGAGGAACCAGCAUCUUCAUGGACUCUUUCAAAGCUGUGGAACUCCUAAAACAGAACCAUCCUGAAGACUACGAGAUCCUGCGCACGAUUCCCAACACCUUCCAUUACCGCAACGCCGACCACCAUCUGCACUACAACCGCACUACCAUCGUCGUCGACCCCAUGAACGAUGCCCUUACUGUUAAUUACGCCCCUCCCUUCCAGGGCCCCCUCGAGUUGCCUGCGGACAAAAUAGCUGGGUUCUACAGGGCGCUGAAGCGUUUUGCGGGAUAUAUCGAGAAACCCGAACUACAGUAUAGACAUACGAUGCGGCCUGGAGAAUGUAUGGUCUUUGCGAACAGGAGGGUCUUGCAUGCCAGAACGGCCUUUAAUCCAACCAAAGGGAACAGACACCUGAAAGGGUGCUAUGUCGAUCUUGAUAUGUUCAAGGACAAGUACAGGACUAUCACCCAGAACAAGCAGGAAGGAAAAUUUUAAAAUCAGACAUCCAGAGCGCAUUAUGCACAUAGACAAUGAAUAGAGCCACCUUAAAAUGAAGAGUUCAUGAAGUAGAUUAUUUACUUUUGAAAUGCGAAUGAAAGAAUGAGA